UCCCUCCCCACAUCUCGAUCUGAUCUCCGUGACCAUUUCCCCCUCCUCUCUCACUCUCGCCCCCCUCUCCCUCGCGUUCUUCCUCGAAGAACCCUAUCUCGUUCAUCACCUUGGAUCUCCCAUGGCGGGGAGGUUCGGAUACGGCCCCUCGUCGGUGGCCGACUCCAUGACCGUGGUGAACACGCCGAACCAGGAGCUCGCCCUAACCAACUUCGCCUACUGCGCCCCCGCGGAUCUGGGCAAGUUCACCUCGCCUGGGUCCAAACACGCCCUCGUCCUGGUCGGGGACUCCGUCGUCCUCACUCUAUGUGCUCAUCAGAACAUUCCGAGCAACCAUAUUGCUCUGAAUGCCAUCCAGCGUCGGCAUACAAAAGUUUCAUCUGGUGAUCAAAUCUCGGUUAGCAGAUUUUUACCUCCGGAUAAUUUUAAGCUAGCAAUGCUCACACUGGAGUUGGAUUUUGUAAAAGGAAGGACUAAUAAGACUGAGCAAUUGGAUGCUGUACUUCUUGCCCAACAACUUCAAAAAAAAUUUAUUGACCAGGCCAUGACAACUGGUCAAAGAGUAUCAUUUGAAUUUUGUGGAACAAACUAUAUUUUUACGGUGAUUCAAGCUCUGUUAGAGGGUCAAGAUGAUUCCAAAGGCCUGGCCAGAGGAAUGAUAUCCACGGAGACAUAUUUUGUAUUUGAAGCUUCUCCAAACUCGGGCAUUAAGAUAAUUAAUCAGCGUGAAGCUGCUAGUAGCAAAAUCUUCCGUCACAAGGAGUUCAACCUUCAGAAGCUGGGAAUUGGAGGAUUAAGUGCUGAGUUCACAGAAAUAUUUCGAAGAGCAUUUGCUUCUCGAGUUUUCCCUCCUCAUGUUGUUAAUAAAUUGGGUAUUAAACAUGUAAAAGGGAUGCUGCUUUAUGGCCCCCCUGGUACUGGCAAGACACUUAUGGCUCGUCAGAUCGGGAAGCUGUUGAAUGGAAAGGAGCCAAAGAUUGUUAAUGGCCCUGAAGUCUUAAGCAAAUAUGUUGGAGAAACAGAGAAAAAUGUGAGAGACCUAUUUGCUGAUGCUGAGAAUGACCAGAGAACUCAAGGUGAUCAGAGUGAUUUACAUGUCAUCAUAUUUGAUGAAAUUGAUGCCAUCUGUAAGUCAAGAGGGUCCACUAGGGAUGGUACUGGAGUUCAUGAUAGCAUUGUCAACCAGCUCCUCACAAAGAUAGACGGCGUUGAGUCAUUAAACAAUGUAUUGCUUAUUGGAAUGACCAACAGGAAGGAUUUACUGGAUGAAGCCCUGCUAAGACCUGGACGCUUGGAGGUUCAUGUUGAAAUCAAUCUCCCUGAUGAGAAUGGUCGUUUCCAAAUUCUUCAAAUACAUACUAAUAAAAUGAAAGAAAAUUCUUUUCUUGCACCUGAUGUUAGCCUUCAAGAGCUUGCCGCACGUACAAAAAACUUCAGUGGAGCUGAACUGGAAGGUGUCGUUAAAAGUGCAGUCUCAUUUGCCUUGAAUCGACAAAUAAGCAUGGAUGAUUUAACUAAACCUUUGGAUGAGGAGAGCAUAAAAGUUACCAUGGAUGAUUUCCUGCAUGCUCUUCAAGAGAUUAUCCCUGCAUUUGGAGCAUCCACAGAUGAUCUUGAACGAUGCAGGCUUAAUAAAAUUGUUGACUGUGGUAAGAGACACAUGCUCAUCCGUGAAAGAGCUAUGCUUCUUGUGGAGCAAGUCAAAGUAAGCCAAGGUAGCCCACUUGUUACAUGCCUUUUGGAAGGUCCAAGUGGCAGUGGCAAAACUGCAAUGGCAGCCACUAUUGGUAUUGAAAGCGACUUCCCAUUUGUCAAAAUUAUAUCCGCAGAAACAAUGAUUGGUCUCAGUGAAGGAAGCAAAUGCGCACAAAUUGUUAAGGUUUUUGAGGAUGCUUAUAAAUCACAACUAAGCAUCAUAAUUCUUGAUGAUAUCGAGAGGUUAUUAGAGUAUGUAGCUAUCGGACCACGGUUUUCAAAUUUGAUAUCACAGACAUUAUUGGUCCUUCUGAAGCGGCUUCCUCCGAAGGGUAAGAGCAUGCUGGUUAUUGGAACAACAAGCGAGGUGGGCUUUCUGGAGUCGCUCGGUAUAUGUGAUGCAUUCUCUGUGACAUAUCAUGUUCCUAAACUGAACAGGGAAGACGCAAAGAAGGUACUGCAAGGGCUCAAUGUAUUUGCUGAACAUGAUCUUGACUUUGCAGUUAAAGAACUGAAUGAUAUUUCAAUCAAGAAGUUGUACAUGCUCGUGGAGAUGGCUGCACAAGGCCCCUAUGGAAAAAGUGCAGAGGCUAUUCGUUCCGGAAAAGAGAAGAUUGAUCUUAAUCAUUUCUUUGAUAUCUUGCGGGACAUUUCUUCAGACAACUAUUGAGUUGAACCGGAUCACAGACGCACUAACAAAAAUAUUCAUGUUUGGUUUUCCUACGUGAGUUUUCCAUCUUUAUUUUGCCCCUUAAUUUAUUUUUCCAUGAUGGAUGGAGCUUUUUCAUGGUCAGUUAUAGUGGUCAUUUUUUUCGGUUUUGCUUUUGGCGCCAUUGCCGGCGUGGCAUAUUUCUUGAGGCGUAAUGAGAUGGCUGCAAUCUAAACUGGAGCUUUGGAUUCUA